AUGGCUAUUGAAGGUCUCGUGAAUCUUAGGCUGACCAGUGAAUCUCCAGUGCCAAAAGCCAAUACAACAGAUACAAAAUAUAUUGCUAGUAUACCGACUCCCAGUUUAGAAGUUAGCGAAGUUGACAAUCUGUCUGCUGACAAGGCCAAACAAAAUAAACAAGAUGUUAGUGUACAGGUAUUAAAUAAACCCAUCCUAUUUAUGAGCUAAUCAAGCGCUAAAUAAUAAUUGUAAUAUUAAUUAAAUUUUCUGGACCAACUUAAAAGCUAAAGAUAUUAAAAUGUACUCUGAUGAUAUUCUUAAAGACAGCCAGACUCUUGGAAGAUAUUUGUUUAUGGCAGCAGUUGAUAACCCGAAACUAACAUAUCAUUACACAGGUAAUUUGUACAAAUUUGAUAGUUUUAUGAAGGAUAACACUAAAUAACAUUCAAAUGAAGUUGUGGCCCUUUGUGAAUUAUUUAUUACAUUGCCUCAUUGCAUAAAGCUUUGUUUGGUCAAACUCUAACACAGGUGUAUGGCCAUCUAAAAUUGCUUUGAAAAUCAAGCUAGCUGCAUGUGGACAAGACGACUAGCUAUAUAUAUAUAGCAAAUCCAUACGCAACUCAUCAUAUUUAACCCAUUUAGUUGCAUUGCGCCCUACUUUAUUAUUUUACUCUGACUAACGCCAGACAAUUUUAAUCUAUCUAACGCCAGACAAUUUUACUCGUCAAGGGGAUAGUGCUGGUGCUUAAUGGGUUAAUAUUUUAAUUUUUAAAGGUUUAACAAAGGAAUGUCUAGAAGAACUAUACAACUUAGUUAAAAGUAAGGCAAGCAGACUAAGAAUGUGGAGUGGUUAUAGAAAGAUGAAAGGGAAUGCGCAACAUAUGACAAGUUACUUUUUUGUGUGUGUUGGUGUUAUGUACUCAGGUGAAUAUGAUGUUUGUGAUGUUACUUAUCUAUGAUCCACACCGGGCAAGCUGAAAAGUUUGCCUGACCACGGUGGGAAUCGAAUCCGCGACCUUUGGGUUACUAUAGUUACAAGUUACUAGGUCAGAUAUUCAGAAAGUUAUAAUUGUAAUUCAGAAAGUUAGUUGUAAUUCGGAAAUUUGUAAUUCAGAAAGUUACAAGUUACUAGAGUAGGUCAGAAAAUCUCACUCAAAGAAGAUAACCAUACUCUAUUGUUAUGUCUUGGAUAAGGACAAAACUCUCUUUCAGCUUAAUUAAGUCUUAAGCCUGUUCUACAAUGUUUACGAAGCUCAAGAAGGCCUUUCGUUACGUAGGACAAAGAUUCUCAGAACCAAGCUUUAAUACUGUAUAUUUUAUUGGCUUUCAUCUUCUUAAUCUGAUCAUAAUUUAAAACGUUUUAUCUACUAUGUUAUUGUUUUUUUCAUUGAAUAAAUCUUUAAUAUAUUUCAUUAACUGAGACCUGCGAACAAUUCUGUUAGCGAGCAUUAUCUUAAUAUUCCUGGCUUUAAUAUGUUAUUGAAGAACCGCACCUCAGGUGUGCAUGGGGGUGUUCGGCUUUACAUCAAAAACUCUGUUAAGUUUAAGGCUCUCAUAAGUCGCCUUCUUAUGCAAUUUAAGCUGAAACAUCUCGUCCAUGGUCCAACUAUAGGCGCCCGGAUGAUCGAUCUCAUUGUUGGGAACUGACCAAACAGAUAAGAUAUAUCGUAUAACACUUUAGGGAGGGAUAGUUAAUUAGGGAGAUUAGUCAUAGUAGGUAUCAGUGAGUGUCAUCGUGACAGUGAGAGAGAACGGAUGUGAGACAGCUGCGACGAGCAUACAAUGUGAUUUUGGAUAUUCUUAUAUUUUCUAUUAAAACUUAUAUAUAAAUGUGAUUUGUCGAGGACUACUGUUUUGGAGGCAAACAUUCUCGACACGUGGCACCUCCGACGGGAUAGCUGAAACGCCAGUUAACUUAUCUUAAGUACGAAUCAACGACAAAACGUGACAUGGAGAAGCUUGAGACGAAGCUGAAACAGUUGAACCUAGGAGUCCUUCGAACAAAGAAUAUCUUGGACUCAGGUAAGAGAGAAUCAAUUAAGCGGCAUCUCGAUGCGCUACGUGAGACUGUUCGGGAAUCAAACGAACUUAAACGAGCUGCUGAAGCGGCAAAAAUCGAACUAGGCGAAAGCGUCGAGAAAAUUAAUGAUUGGAACAAUAAGACUGACGCUAAGAUUGAACUGGCGGACGUUGAAAUUGAUCAGCUAGAGAGUUGGCUUGCGGAAAAGGAACGUUCCGAGCAUCUCGUAGCGCAAGAGAAGCAGUUUAAUGUUGAGUUAAAACUGCAUGAAAAACGCAUGAAAAUGAAGGCUGAACUUGAAUUAAGUAAGACCGCAACGGAAGUUCAGGAAUGCGCUGGAUUUAAGACAGCUAAAUUACCCAAGUUAGAAAUAUCAAAGUUCGAGGGUUCGAUUAUGGAUUGGCCUAGGUUCUGGGGGCAGUUUGAUGAAGCAAUAGGAAAAAGUUCAAUCGCACCUAUCAGUAAAUUUACCUACUUGCGCGAGCUGCUUGGGCCCAAAGUAAAACGCUGUGUUGAAGCCCUUCCGUUUACACCAGAGGGUUAUAAUCGAGCCAAGGCAAUCCUGAAAGACAAAUACGGUAAAGAGUCCGAAAUAGUGAACAGUUACGUAAAAGAAAUACUAGAAUUGCCCCAUAUUACAACAGCAAAUCCACGUAAAAUCGCCGAAUUUAGCGAAAAACUGUCUUAUUGUGUUCAAGCGCUAGAAACCAUGAAAAGGCUUGAUUCUGUGCAGGGAAAUGUAUCAAUGACCCUCGAGAAAUUAGUCGCAAUAUACGUCGUAAUAAACUAUAUAAUAUAUAAUCAUAUCUUAAUUAUUAGUCUUUAACUUGUAAUUUUAUAAAUUGUAUUUUUAGAACAUUAUGUAAACCGAGCAAUUCAGCUUUGUAGCUGCAAAUCGGUUUUUUUGUAUAAUAAUAAUAAUAAUAAUAAUAAUAAUAAUAAUAAUAAUAAUAAUAACAAUUAGGGGAGACUUAGUUCGCACUGACGCUGAGUGGGAAUCCUGGGAUUUUGUAAAGUUAACCGAAGCUCUGCGCCAUUGGGUGAAACGUAACCCAGUCGUAUCUAAUGACAGAGAGCGUGAAGAGAACAAUCGCGAUCGUAGAAAAUUAUUUAAUGCGCGGGGCGAAGAAGUUAAGCUAAGGGGCUGUGUGUAUUGUGGGGACACUGGUCACAAAGCGACGCAGUGCGAAAAGGUCAUCGACACAAGCGAGCGCAAGAAAAUCCUUGCAAGAAGGGGUUUGUGUUUUAAUUGCGCGACGAGAACACAUCGUGCGACAGAAUGUUCAAGCAAAGCAUCCUGUCAACACUGCAAUAAACGUCACCACUCCUCAAUUUGCGACCAACGUCAACAAAACGCCGAAGGGGAGCGCAAACUGAUGACAGACGGUGUCAGCGGUGAUGGUGUUUUCCCGGUAGUCGUAGUAACAGUAAACGGUGUAAAGUGUCGUGCACUAAUUGAUUCUGGCGAAGGCGGGUCGUAUGCCUCAGCCAAGCUGAUUAAGAUGAUUGAUAGUAAACCGAUUGAAUCCAGAGUACAACGUGUUGACAUGCUCCUAGACUCGAAGACAACCCGGAUGGAAUUUUACGACACGGAAGUACGCGCCUUAGACGGAAAUUUCAAAAUGAACGUGAGAAUAGCCAAAGUGGAAACACCAGAACUAUUAACUAUUAAUAACCCGAACUAUGAGAAGCUAAUUCGUGAUUAUAACCACCUUGGGAACGUUGUCAUUGAUGAUUGCGAUACGAAAGAUAGAUUGCCCAUUCAUUUAGUGCUCGGUAACGGCGAGUACGCACGAAUCAAAACAAGCACGAAGCCUGUUAUCGGCGGCGACCACGAACCGGUGGCGGAGAAAACGAAGUUGGGCUGGUUCAUCAUGAGCCCCGGAAUCGAUUUCGACCGCAGUACGAUGUUAUUAACCCAAACUGCGCACUCGGACUUCGAAAGCCUGUGUAGAUUAGACGUACUCGGCCUGGCAGAUACGGUGGAGAACGACCAGAAUGCGGUUUACGACGAUUUCAAGGAGCAGUUGGUGAGGAAUCCUGCAGGUUGGUACGAGACCAACCUUCCAUGGAAAGCGAAUCACCCCGACCUACCCACAAACGAGGCUGCGAGUCGUCGACGUUUAACUUCGCUGGUGAGAAAGCUAAAGCGGGAUGGAAAUUACGAACAGUACGACGGAAUAAUUCGUGAACAACUCGAGCAGGGAAUCAUCGAAGAAGCAUCAAACAAACCUGUAGACAAAGAGUAUUAUCUUCCACACAAGGCGGUCGUAAAGAAAUCAGCUGAAACCACGAAAUUACGGAUUGUUUACGACGCCUCCGCGAAGGAACAGAGCUGCCAACCGUCCAUAAACGAGUGUUUAAACCCUGGACCACCACUUCAAAACCGAUUGUGGGAAAUCCUCGUACGAGCGCGAUUCUACCCAGUCCUUUUAACGGGUGAUAUCGAGAAAGCCUUCCUCCAAGUACGCAUAAAGGCGGAAGAACGAGACGCAUUACGGUUCUUUUGGGAAAGUCCAGGAAGUGGAAAAUUAAGUGUGUAUCGGUUUACUCGCGCGCUGUUUGGCCUGACUUGCUCUCCAUUUCUCCUUGGAGGAGUAAUCAAUGAACACUUGAAGCUCUGGCAAGACAAAUACCCAGAAUUAGUCAGGGAAAUUCGUGAUAAUUUAUACGUCGAUGAUUUGAUUACGGGGGGAGAGAACGUGGAAUCCGUGGCAGCAAAAAGAUCACAAGCAGUUGAGGUGUUCGAAGAUGCGACAUUCAAACUUCACAAGUGGCACUCGAGCGAUCUUACCUUAGAGAAUCACAACCAGUCGAGUCCAGCAAACGAAGAUGAAGUGACCUACGCCAAAGAACAACUUGGAUCGGGAAAAUGCGAUACGAAACUCUUAGGACUUCCGUGGAACAAAAUUGAAGAUACCUUGAGCAUUGUAACCUCGCCUCGGAAGAAUAUAGCAACGAAACGUGAAGCUCUCUCGGAGCUUGCAAAAAUCUAUGACCCCCUUGGGUUGGUAUCUCCAACGACCUUAAUAGCAAAGAUACUUUAUCGCGAAAUGUGUGAAGCGAAACUUCCAUGGGACGGAGAGUUGUGCGAAGCGAUGAAACGACGGUGGGAAGAAUGGGGAGCCUUGAUUUCUAAGAAAUUUACCAUUCCACGAACCUUGGCCCCAGUCCACCAACCUAUAACAGCGGUUACCCUCCAUGCCUUCGGUGAUGCAAGUAAGUCGGGUGUCUCGUCGGUAGUGUACGCAGUGGUGCAGCAAGGGGAGACUAAGACUCAAGGUUUAGUUUGCGCAAAAUCACGGUUGGCCAAACAAAACCUUACAAUCCCGCGUCUCGAGCUCGUGUCAGCACAUAUGGCCACCAAUCUAGUGUCGAAUGUCGAAAGGGUAAUUGGAAACUACGAAGUGAACGGAACUCAUUGUUGGAGUGACUCUACCGUGGCCCUGUACUGGAUUAACGGACAAGGAGAGUAUCGACAAUUCGUGUCAAACCGCGUGAGGAAAAUUAGAGAGCACAGUAACAUCCAGUGGCAUUACGUUCCAACCGAAGAAAACCCAGCGGAUAUCGGAAGUCGAGGUGGAAGCACAGUGAAUAAUGAGUUAUGGACGAACGGUCCAGAAUGGCUGAGUGAUCCCGGGACGUGGCCGAAAUCCGCGAUAAUUGAAUCCAGUCCAGAAACAAACGCCGAAGCAAAGGUUACGAAAAGUAUUCUUGCCACAGCAAUAACGCGUGAUGACGAUCGCAUGGACAAGCUCCUCGAAGCCCAUGGCUUACGGAAAGUCACCCGAAUCGGUGCAAGGGUUAGAAGAUUUGUCAACAAUUCGAAGUGUCCCAUCAGCGAACGUGAAACCGGACCGUUAAAAACAGCCGAGAUCCAAGAUCAGUAUCUUUGGUGGACCAAAAGAGCACAGCAAGACGCAGCGAUUAACGGUGAGAUCGAGAAGUCGAAGGUACAACUAAAUCUUCAGCUGAACGGGGAGGGAGUCUUGGAAUGUCGAGGCCGAAUCGAUGGAGAUUACCCUAUAUUCCUUCCACAAGAUCACCUCUUCACUCGUAAACUGGUCGAACAAGCUCACCUCACCACUCUUCACGGCGGAGUUGCCAUGACUAUGGCAAAGAUCAGGGAUCAUUACUGGGUCCCAAAGCUACGACAGCUUGUUAAACGUGUGCGGAGCGAUUGUUGGGGUUGCAAACGGUUUCGAGUGCAAUCAUACGAGAACCCACCCCCCGGAAACCUGCCUACCACUC